CUCCUUUCCCCUCCUUAUCAGCCAUGGACCGGGCGGCGAGUCAGGGCCACGUCGUGGAUUGCUGCAUCGUGGUGGAGCACCUCGGCCGCCUGAGCGCCUCCAUGGACCAGGACCGCUCCAACGGCACCAACGGCGCCACCAACGGCACCAACGGCACAAACGGCGCCGCCAACGGCGCCACCAACGGCAGCUCGGGCAGGAAAAGGGUUUCCAUGAAAGAGGAUCGGGACUUCUGGUGGACGGAGGAGAUGGAGGACGCGUCCUCGUCCUGCUACCCGGUUUGGGUGAACGCCGAGGAUCCGCUCUUCAUGUUGUACACCAGCGGCUCGACGGGCAAACCAAAGGGCGUGCUCCAUACGACGGGCGGCUACCUCAUGUACGCGGCCACCACCUUCAAGUACGUGUUCGACUACAAGCCCAACGACGUGUACUGGUGCACCGCCGACGUGGGCUGGAUCACCGGCCACACCUACGUGGUCUACGGGCCGCUGGCCAACGGCGCCACCUCCGUCAUUUUCGAGGGCACUCCGUUCUACCCCGACAACGACCGGUACUGGUCCGUGAUCGACAAGUACAAGGUGUCCCAGUUCUACACGGCACCCACCGCCAUCAGGUCUCUCAUGAAGUUCGGUGACGAGCCCGUGCUCAAACACAACCUGUCGACGCUCAAGGUGCUCGGAUCCGUCGGCGAGCCCAUCAACCCGGAGGCGUGGCUGUGGUACUACAAGAUGAUCGGGAAGGGCGAGUGCUCCAUCGUGGACACGUUCUGGCAGACGGAGACGGGCGGCCACGUCCUCACGCCGCUGCCCGGCUGCACGCCCAUGAAGCCCGGCUCGGCCACCUUCCCCUUCUUCGGCGUGCAGCCGCAGCUGCUGGACGAGAACGGCAAGCGCAUCGACGGCCCCGGGGAGGGCUACCUCGUGUUCGGCCGGCCGUGGCCGGGCAUGAUGCGCACCCUGUACGGCAACCACGAGCGCUUCGAGCAGGUGUACUUCAGCCGCUUCCCGGGCUACUACUGCACCGGUGACGGUGCGCGACGAGACGAGGACGGCUUCCUGUGGGUGACGGGCCGCGUCGACGACAUGCUCAACGUGUCGGGCCACCUCAUGAGCACGGCCGAGGUGGAGUCCGUCCUGGUGGAGCACGCGAGCGUGGCCGAGGCCGCCGUCGUGUCGCGGCCGCACCCCGUCAAGGGCGAGUGCCUGUACUGCUUCAUCACCCCCAACGAGGGCGCGGCGUUCGACAAGAAGCUGACGGACGAGCUCAAGAAGCAAGUGAGGGAGAGGAUAGGCCCCUUCGCCCAGCCCGAGGUCAUCCAGCACGCUCCGGGCCUCCCCAAGACGCGGUCCGGCAAGAUCAUGCGCAGGGUGCUCCGCAAGGUGGCCGUCAACGACCGGGACGUGGGCGACAUCUCGACGCUGGCGGACGAGAGCGUCGUGGAGCAGCUGUUCGCCAACAGGCCGGCCGAGGCGCAGCGGGCGUAAGAGGGAAGGCCAGCCGGCAGGAGCCGCGGGAGGUAGUUAGUUGUAAUCCUUGAGAAAGGUGUCGUCUGCUUGCGACCGGUAGACUCGACGAUGAUGUAGUAAAUAUGCACGGCGAAAGUUUGACACUGGAGCAUUUUUACGGGGAUUCUUAAUUAUUUAACUUAUGACGGUCUACGGUGUGCAUGUCAGCAGUAUUGUACAAAAACGUAAUUUAUUCAUUGCCUACUUCAUUUUUAUUUUAUUUUAUUUUUUCAGCCCUGUACAUUCCUCUUGUGGAAAAUAAGUUCUGUUCCCUUAAUUUAACAGAUCUUAUGCAUAUUGAAGUUACAGAGAUAAGUUUCAAACCUUGUUGAUGUCUCUCAGAUGUGGUCGUAAAAUGCCUAAAGAAAUUUCUGGCAUCUUAGUUUAGAUGAGUAUUGUACAUAAUUCUCAUAGCGCUCUAAGAAACUUUGUGUGAUAAGCUUAAAAGAUUCAAACUGGUGAAAAUUACCAUUACUGAAGAAUUUUGACCUCAUACUUUAUUUUAUUUCUGGUCAUUUUGCCUUUGGUAUGGAACAUCAGCAUAUGAUCUAUACUUGGUGUUAUUUUGUAUGUCUGUUACCCGCCUUGUGCAGUUUGAUGUAUACUAUAGGUACAUAGUGUGAGACCUUAACAUAGCACAUUGCAAUCAUGAUUUGUACAUUCUGUGUAAUUUUAACAUGCAGCUUACCAUUACAAUGGAGACUGCACAGAAAAUAUGUAAGCAUAGUUAUGAUUUAGAGUAGAACCGCAUGCAGGUCCUUGAUCAUAAAAAAGAAAAGAAAAAGAUUGACAGUUGUUAGCUUUCACAAAAUUAUGCUGAGCUGCUGAUUGGACCAAUCUUCUUCUAGGUGAAAAAAGGGAAGCUUUUGUUCUCAAUAAGAAACUGAGAACUGCAGAUAUUUCCGCCUAAAAAGAGUACGGUCAUCCCAUGUGGUGACUGGAAAGUACAUAUCAUUCAAAUGAACAUUAUUGCACAAUGUCCUGCCUAAUUGCUGAAUUUUGGAAGAAUUGUUGUGACUGUAUAUUACAAGGGUGAUACCUUUUGUACUUUACAUUUCCCCAAAGCAUUCAAAUGGUUUUCAAAUAUGUCUAGUGUUGUGGUAUCUCUUCCAAGUGUCAAGGCUUAGAACCAGCCGUAGGCAUCUUGUUGUCCUAUUAUUGUGUUUCUUAGAUACAUUGUUAUUGAGUUUUUAAAAAUAUUUCUGAUUAACAGAGUUAUAUAUGUAAUUUUAAGAAAAUGCUUAGGUGGAGAAGUUCAAACACAAUGUAAUAAUAUGCAUACAUAUCAUUGCUAUAAAUAACAUUCCAAAUUUCAUUAUAAAGUGAUAUACUAAUAGUAAUAAGAGCCUUGGAUAUGAUCAUGUGUGAUUUCGUAGAUUGCUAACGUUACCAGUAAAGAGACUGCUUCAAACCAAAAACAAUCAAAA